UCUCUCUCUCUCUCUCUCUCUCUCUCUCUCUCUCUCAACUUCAAGUUUCCUUCCCUGUGAAGCAUCUCUCUUUCUCUCUCUGAAAUCUUUUUCCCUCCGUGAUUACUGCUCUCUCUUGGGUCCCAUUCCGUUCCGUCUUUCUGACUGAGCACAGAAGCACCCCUUUUGAAUCCACCCUCCUCAAACCCUUCCAUUUCUCUAUCUCCACCUCUUUCAUAGAUUCCUUGUUUUCAGAAAGAAUCAUGUCUCUUAUUGGGCAGGUCAUGUCUUUGAUUGGCGAGUCUGCUCUAUCGUCAUUCUUUCAGUCCCUGUUUGAGAAGAUUGAAUGCCCUGAGAUUCUGAAGUUCGCUCGUGAAGAUCAAGUACUUGCUGACAUUAGAAAGUUGGAGGAAAUUUUGAUGGGGAUCCAAUCUGUGCUUGAAGAUGCAGAGGAGAAGCAGUUGUCUAACCCUUUGGUGAAGAUGUGGCUGGACAAGCUCAAAGAUUUGGCUUACGAUGUGGAAGACAUUUUGGACGAGUAUCAAACCGAAUCUUUGCAACGCCAGUUGAAGGGAGAAACUGAAGCUGGUUCAAGUAAGUUUCGGAAACUGAUGUUCAAUCCAACAAUGGUGUCCAAGAUGAAGGAGGUCACUACCAGAUUUCAGACGAUCGUCGACCAGCAAAAGGACUUCGAAUUGAUAAAGAGAAAUGUUGGACGGACCUCCUCUAGCAAGGUAUGUGUGCGACCACCCAGUACAUGUUUGGCUCAUGAACCUGAAGUGUAUGGCAGAGAUGAAGAUAAAAGGAAGAUACGUCAUUUGAUUUUAAGCAAUGAUGCAAGUGAUAAGAACGUUAUAGUAAUACCCAUAGUUGGGAUGGGUGGGGUGGGUAAAACAACACUCGCCCGGCUUGUCUACAGUGAUGAGUCAUUACAACAACAAUUUAAUCUAAGAGAAUGGGUUUGUGUGUCUGAUGAUUUCGACAUUUUGAGAAUAACAAAGAGCAUUCUUGAGUCAAUCACAAAGAAGUUGUGCGAUCUAAAUGAGCUUAAUCAAGUUCAACUCCGACUACAUGAGCAAUUAGCAGGAAGGAAGUUUUUGAUUGUUUUAGAUGAUGUUUGGAACAAAAAUUAUGAUGAUUGGAACACCCUGCGUUCGCCACUUAUGCAUGGAGCUCCAGGAAGUAGAGUCAUCGUAACAACACGUGAUGAAGAUAUUGCACGGAUGAUGAAAACAAUUCAAUAUCACAAUUUGAAUUGUAUUUCAGAUGAAGAUUGCUGGAAAUUGUUUCUUGACCAUGCUUUUGAUAGUGGAAGUGUUGCAGAUCCAAAAGUGGAAGUCAUCCGUGAAAAGGUCAUAAACAAGUGCGGUGGCUUGCCAUUGGCAGCAAGGACUUUGGGAGGCCUUCUACGCUCAAAACCGCAGGAGCAUUGGGAAGAAGUAAUGAACAGCGAAAUUUGGAAUUCACAAGGUGACGGCAACAACAUUCUUUCUUUGUUAAGAUUAAGUUACUAUCAUCUCCCUUCGCAUUUAAAGAGAUGUUUCGCUUAUUGUGCAAUACUUCCCAAGGAUUAUGCUUUUGAAAAGAAGCAAUUAGUCCUUCUGUGGAUGGCAGAAGGUUUAAUUGAGCAACGAGAUGAUCAACAUAUGGAGGAUGUGGGUGAAGAGUAUUUUCAAGAUCUAUUUUCCAGAUCACUUUUUCAAUCUUCAAGCACUGGUGGAUUCGUAAUGCAUGACCUGGUGAACGAUCUAGCACAAGUGGUUGCUGGAGAUACAUAUUUCAGAUUGGAGGAAAAGUCAAGUAAGCAAGAAAAAGCUCGCCACUCUUCUUACAUCCCCUGCAGGUUUGAUCGCUGUGAAAGAUUUGAGCCAUUUGAAACCAUGAAGCAUAUGCGAACCUUCCUGCCCCUAUCACUAGCUGGUGAUAUGAAUAUCUGCUUAGCAAAUUGCAUUCCUUCUUAUUUGUUUUCAAAGUUACGAUUCUUAAGGGUUCUGUCCUUCAAUCAUUAUAAAAUCACUAAGCUACCAGAUUCAAUAGGUGACUUGAAGCAUCUAAGGUAUCUCGACCUUUCAUACACUUGUAUUGUAACUUUACCUGAGAGAACAACCUCUCUAUGUAAUUUACAAACUAUGCUGCUGAAAGGCUGUCGGGAUCUAGAGAAAUUGCCAUCAGAAAUGCAAAAUCUGAUCAACCUACGUCAUCUUGAUAUCCAAGACACAUCUGUUAAAGUGAUGCAGCAGGGAAUGGAAAAAUUGAGAAGUCUUCGGACGUUGUCUAAUUUUGUUGUGGGGGAAGGUAAUGAAGUGGGUAUAACAGCUUUGGUGAAUUUAAAGUUUCUUCGAGGGGCACUCCGCAUUUCAAGGUUGGAUAAUGUGGCUAAUGCUUCAAAUGUAAGAGGAACCAUUUUAUUGGACAAGGGGAGAAUAGAUGAUCUGGAGAUGGCAUGGGGAAGUUCUUAUUUGGCAAGUAGAUCGGUUUCUGUUCCAAACGAAGAUAGAGUUGUACUUGAGAAGAUGAAACCUCAUGAAAGUUUGGAAAAACUCACCAUAAUUGAUUAUGGUGGUAUUCAAUUUCCUUCGUGGGUAGGGGAUCCUUUAUUUCGAAAUCUAGUAUACCUAGAGUUGAAAAAUUGCAACUGCACAACCUUGCCUCAACUUGGGCUGCUUUCAUCUCUCAAGGACUUGGUUAUCAUAGGGUUUCCCAAUGUAAAAGUGGUUGAUUGUGAGUUUUGUGGGGAGAGUAUGAGCAGUUCAAAUCCUUUUCCAGCUCUUGAGACUCUACGCUUUGAGGACAUGAAAGAAUGGAAAGAGUGGAAUAUUUGUGGGUGUGAAUUCCGUCUUCUGCGCGAGCUUUCCAUUGUUAAUUGUCCCGAGCUGUUAGGAAAAUUACCCAGCCAUCUGCCUUCAUUGCAAACGCUUGAGAUUAGAGAAUGUUAUGGAUUGGUGGUUUCAUUUCAAAACCUUCCUAUCAUAUCUCACUUCGAAAUCCAAGGAUGCAGAAAGGUUGAAUUAGGUAGAGGUUUUAGCGCAGCAAACUUCUUGAUGGUUAGUAAAGUAGAAUCAUUUUUAUUUCGACCGAAAGAGUUGAUGCAAGGCUUAAGAAAGUUGAAAAGCUUGACUGUUGGUAAUAAUUCUUUCUAUCCUCUCUCUUGUCCAAAAUGGGUGCUUUUUGAAGGCAUCGCUAAACAUGGUAAGUUGUUGCAUAAGGGCGUCGCUGAUAGUGGAAUUAAAAUUUUGGAAUUUUGUUGUUGUGAAGGGCUUGAGAAACUACCGCCAUGGAUUCAUAGCUUUAAGUCUCUGAGAAAGCUAUCUAUUGAAAACUGCCCGAGACUUAUUUCUUUGCCAGAUGCAGUGAUUUAUAAAAGUUUGUGUCUUGAGGAGUUGAAAAUUUUUGAGUGUGAUUCUCUAAUUUCCAUUGGAAGACACCAGCUACCCACAACUCUAAGAAGACUAGAGAUACUUAGCUGCCACGGAUUGCAGAGGCUGCUGGAUGUGAGAGAGGCUUGUUCCUCUUCUAGGUUUACUGAUAAGGAGAGUAUCAGCUGCGAUGCUAACUCAUCUAAUCUCCAGCACUUGGGAAUUGAUUGGUGCCCCUCUGUUACUUUCUUAGGGCGUUACCUGCUUCUCUUAAAGUUCUGGCUUUCAAUUGUAACAUACAUGACAACGUAAGUGUAAAGUUAGAGUCAAUAGCUGAAAGGUUUGACAACAACACAUCUCUUGAAUCUAUUGAAAUCGUAGGUGCUCCUUAUCUUAAAUCCUUACCCGAGAACCUGCACAUGCUCACCAAUCUCCUCCGCAUUUGGAUACAUUGCUGUGAGAAACUCGAGGCCCUUCCUGAUAGUAUGCACAAUCUCACAUCUCUUCAAGAAUUAACCAUAACGAAUUGUCCCAAUGUUGUUUCUUUCCCUCAGGGAGGGUUGC